AUGGAGGCCCCGCGGAGGCAGCGCCCGGCUUCCAACGCCCGGUAUCGGGAACGGGGCUUUUGGGACGCCCGGUACGAGCAAGAGGGAGCCGAGCCCACGGAGUGGUUCGGGGGCUUGGAGUCUUUCCGCGAACAGCUGGAGGCGGAACUGAAGCCGGGGGACCGGAUCCUGGUACUGGGUUGUGGGAACAGUGCUCUGAGUUAUGAUCUUUUCCAGCUUGGAUACACAGACAUCACCAACAUAGAUUAUUCCGCUGUGUGCAUCGCAAGCAUGCGAGACCGUUACGCGCAUUGCUCGGGCUUGCAUUGGGCGGUAAUGGAUGCCCGGUUCUUGACUUUCAUGGACGGAAGCUUUGACGUGGUCUUGGAGAAGGGCUUUCUGGAUUCCAUCAUGGUGGAAGAAAAGGACCUCUGGAAUGUCUCCCAAGAGGCCAAGAUACUUCUGGACCAAGUAUUAACUGAGGUCGCCCGAGUCCUGCAACCCAGAGGAAGGUUUAUCUCCAUCACUUUUGCCCAGCCGCAUUUCCGCAAGCGUCACUACGCCCAGCGGGCCUACAACUGGUCCAUCCAACACAUCAGUUACGGCAGGGAUUUCCACUACUUCCUCUACGUCAUGAAGAAAGGUGGGGCGUUGUCCCCCUCCGACUUGGCCCUGGGGCAGAGCCUCCAUCGCCACCCCUCGUCCUCCAGCCCUGUGUUCUCCUCCCUCCAAGAGCCGGAUUGUGAGAACUACCUCUUCAACAUUCAACUCUGAUCUCAAGAGAAGGAAUAUCUCGAGGGAAGGAGCUGCUUGUGGGGCGAAGGUCCCAAAGGGCCAUGCCAAGAUACUUCCUCUAGGUCAGGGGUCUCCAACCUUGGCUACUGUUUACGACUUGUGGACUUCAACUCCCAGAAUUCCUCAGCCAGCCAUGUUGCCAAGGUUGGAGAGCCCUGCUCUAAGCCACUCCCUCUUUCCUUUGCAUCCUGUCUGAAUUUACCAGGUGUGCCAGUGCGAUGGCCUAGCGGUGGAGCUCUUACUUCAGAAUCAGGAGGCUGCGAGCUCGAUCCUAGGCAGAAGCAGAUAUUUCUCUGGGCACCAUGAGAACAUAUCUGCUGAAUAUAACUCCACCUUGG